AUCACUUUUAAAGAAAAGAAAAAAAAAAAUGGCCUCGCCGCAAACAACACAACGCCUCCUCCGCGAGCUGAAAGAGUACGCGGCCUCCCCCAACGACGCGCUGCUGCACCUUGGUCCCGUCACAGACAACGACCUGUUAGACUGGGAGGCUGUUCUCAAGGGAGUCAAAGACAGUCCUUACGAGGGCGGCCUGUGGGCUUUACGAAUCCGCAUCCCAGAAACAUACCCCCUCACCCCCCCGAGCAUCCGAUUCACCACCCGCAUCUGCCACCCGAACAUCCAUUUUGAAACGGGCGAGAUCUGUCUGACGCUGUUGACUUCGGAGCACUGGAGUCCCGUGUACACGCUGUCGACGACCUUGACGGCCGUGCAGCAGUUGUUGACGGAUCCGCGGCCGGACUCGCCGUUGAAUCUGGAUGUCGCGAAUCUCCUGCGCAACGGCGAUGUCGCGGGGUGGGAGAGUCUGGUCAGAUAUUUUACUAUGGAAGAGCGGUGGAACAUGAACUAGUGAUAGUCUACUACUAGUUACUACUAGUACGGUAUAUAUAUAUAUAUAUAUAAUGAAUGAUGACUGAUUAGAAGUUGGAAGUGAAGUACAGAGAUUCAUUAUAGGACAAUCAUAUCUAUAUUCAG